AUGUCGCACGCUGAUGGUGAGAGCAAGGAGAAGGGUCUAUUAGGAUCGCCAGCAGGUUCGAUACGCGAGCUCUUCACCAAAGUGAAGGCCCUGGACGCGAAGCACGGCAAGUUUGACCUGCUGCUCUGCGUGGGCGACUUCUUCGGUCCUCCGAAGGACGAGGGUGAAGCAUACGGGGAUGAUGAUGAGGUGGUCUUGCUUCUGGAGGGAAAACUGGAAGUCCCCGUCGAGUGCUAUAUCAUGCAAGGCGAACACCCGCUGCCUGCACCUGUGAUUGAGAAGUUCGCAAAGACUGGAAGCACACUUACACAUGGCGUAAACCUACUUCACAAGUCGGGAGUGAUUAUGACGCCAAAAGGGCUGCGCAUUGCCUGCCUCGGGGGCAUAUGCGACUCGAACCUAUACACUGCGUCCGAAGCAGCACAUGGGUUCAUGUCGCCGUACUUCAUGUCACAAACGGUAGAGAGGCUACUUUCCAACACACUCACCACCUCAAAACCUGGUAGCCAACAGAACUACACCUCUCUCGCAGCUAUCAAGGCCAACGCGGCGACCUCGCAACUCGUCGAUAUCUUCAUCAGCAAUGCGUGGCCGUCAUCCGUCACCCAUGCUUCCAACGCCCCUCUUCCUGACCCCGCGCUUUCGUCCAUCGGCAUCGAUCCUGUCGCUGAGAUCGUACGGAGGACAAAACCCCGCUACCACUUCGCGGCUGGCGGAGGUAGCCCGCCGAAGUUCUGGGAGCGUGAACCCUUCGUGUGGGGCGAGGACAACGGACGUAUCUCGCGCUUCGUGAGUCUGGGCGCGUUCGGAGGUCCGCCUACGGAGGGCAAGAAGCAGCGGUGGUUCUAUGCAUUCAGUAUAGCGCCUGUCAGCCCGGAUAGUCCACCGCUGCCGCGACCAGCAAAUGCUACACAGAAUCCGUUUACGGAAGAGACCGCCCGGCCACCUAAGCGACCGCUCGAGUCGGACGAAGGGGCGAACUACCGAUGGGGAGACGUCAAGAAGCCAGGAAAGCGGAGCCGUACCGAUGGAGAGCCGGGGAAACCUCCGACGGGCUACAAAUGCAAGAUCUCAUUUUAUAUCAGACUGCCCGGACCGAGCAAAGCCAAAAGACGGCUACAUCUGCAAAUUUGCAACGAGUCGGGCCACUUCGUGCGAGACUGCCCCGUCAAGAACGCCGUUGGCGAUACUGGUGGACGUAAGCCCAAGGAAGGCUAUGUCUGCAGGGCCUGUGGCAGCGAAAAUCAUUACAUCCAAGAUUGCCCUGAGGCGAACCAACCUAGUGGUGGUCGGGGUGGCGGUCGUGGACGAGGGCCUCCGAAAGAGAUCGCCCCCGACGAAUGUUGGUUCUGCUUGUCGAACCCGAAUCUCGCGAAGCAUCUCAUUGUCUCGAUUGGCACGGAGUGCUACGGUACCUGGAGGCGGCACGUCCUCAUCGUGCCGAUCACCCACUAUCCAACAUACUCCUCGAUACCUCCUGACCUUGCACCUCCCAUCGUGAGGGAAACAGAUCGGUAUAAAGACGCAUUACGCGCAUUUUAUGCUAAACACAGCGCCGCAGUCGUGUCCUUUGAGGUCGGCCGGCUCACCGCCAAAGGUGGCCACGCCCAUGUGCAGGUCGUGCCUGUCCCGAACAAGGUCAAAGAGAAAGUCGAGACGACGUUCGUCGACGAGGGCCGCCGGCACGGCAUUGAGUUCGAGGCGGACGCGGAGGAGGCGCUCCGGAGCUGCGAGGGCGGGCGCGGGAGUUACUUCCGCGUCGACCUGCCUGAUGGGCGGAAGAUGGUGCAUCUGCUCAGGGAUAAUGUGCCGUUCAGCGUGCAGUUUGGAAGACAAGUGCUGGUCUCCCUAUUGGGCAUGCAAGAACGGUUCGACUGGAAGACAUGCUUGCAGUCGGAAGAGCAAGACAAAGCGGAUGCUGAAGCGUUCAAGAAGGCCUUUGGUCCAUUUGACCCUUCAUUUGAUGCAUAG